GUGUAUUCACGCAAUCAAACAAGUUCAAAUACAAUGUCUCACAUGCCAGAUUACGUCUGUUAUGACGAACAAGAUUGCUCGAUUUCUCAACCUAUUAUUUACUUCAGAAAAUUAAGUCAACUAUCUGUCGUUGUUGCUUGUGAACUUCCAAAUGUCAAAAUAAUUAGGGGACGUUGGAUUUCCCAAGUAGCAUUCUUUCGACAACAAGUCACCCGACAAUGUUCAUUAAAAACCUAUAGAAAAAAAAACUCGUUGUUCUGCACCUAAUCAAUUCCAUUGUGGUAAUAGAUGUGUCUCAAAGCAUAGUCUUGUCGAUUAUUAUGCAGAUUGUCUUGAUGAAACAGAUGAAACAUACAAUCAAAGCUGUGCUCUGCAUCAUAAGCAUCGUUUGACAUGCUCAUCUAACAUAGCGGGAACACUCAUUACAAAAUGCAUACCCAGUACAAAUAUAUAGAGUGGAAAGCGGGAUGAUUGCCGAUCAAAUAUAGAAUUACCUCAUUUUCCGAGGUUAUGCGAUGGUUAUAUUGAUUAUAAGGAAAAGAUUAACGGUGUUAUGAAUACAGAUGAAAUGAAUUGUGAACGAUGGCAAUGUGAUAAUCAAUAUACACGCUGCGAUGGAAUAUGGAAUUGUCCCAAUGGAACCGAUGAGGCACGUUGCUUUCAUCGUGUUUGUCGUGGAAUAAUUGGACAUCCAUGCUUGCUACGUAAUACGACGGAGUUUAUUUGUCUGCCUCUACAAUAUAGUAAUGAUGGAAUUGUUCAUUGUUACGGAGCAACGGAUGAACUAAGUUUUUGUCAAAAACAGUUUGGUGAAGAAACCAGUUUUCUUUGUUUAGCAAAUAAUAUCGAUGAUCAUGAACUAGCUAACCAGUAA